UUUGUGUGGUCGGGGCUACGGGCAGAGCGGACCGCGGGAAGAACCGCGAGGGGAAGGCAGCUCGGAGCGGGACGAGGGCGGCGAGGCAGGCACUUGAACAGAAGAAAGUGACUUUGGAGCUUUCAUCUCUCCUGUCAUUUGGGAUUUAAUUUACAUCAUCUCUGACGCUAUCUAAAAAAAAGCAGCAAGUCAAGCCCACACACAACAUGUUGUUGCGCAGAAGGACUUCCACUCCCUGGCUGUGCUAUUAAUGUUAGCAAUCAGAAAAAGCCUUUGGGGGCUGCAGAUCCUCUCUAGUCUGAUGCUGCUGCUGCCGCCACCGUUGCCGCCACCACUGCUGCUAAGGGUUUUGGUGCAGAGAAUCCAAACUGCUGCCUUUUCUGUCCGCUGAGCUCUUCACAUCUGCAUGUCACUGCUGCUCAUGCACACACCAUCUCACACCCUCUCUCCAUGGACUGAUUGCUGCCGAGGGAAGGCGAGCCCAAGCAAGUGAUCCGGGUUUGGGGGGGAGGAACGUGAAUUGCAUUUAUUCCUUGUAGUCUGGAGGAUUUGUUUGGAGGAUAAUCUUGUUUUGGAGGGGAAAGAAAACAUGACGUCGCCAGCUAAAUUCAAAAAGGAUAAGGAAAUCAUAGCUGAAUAUGACACUCAAGUCAAAGAGAUUCGUGCCCAACUUAUUGAACAACUGAAAUGUCUUGACCAGCAAUGUGAGCUUAGAGUCCAGCUGCUUCAAGACCUGCAGGAUUUUUUCCGGAAAAAGGCAGAGAUUGAGAUGGAUUACUCCCGGAACUUGGAGAAGCUGGCGGAACGAUUUUUGGCGAAAACAAGGAGCACCAAAGAUCAACAGUUCAAGAAGGAUCAAAAUGUUCUUUCACCUGUCAAUUGCUGGAACCUCCUCUUAAACCAGGUGAAGCGGGAAAGCAGGGACCAUACUACCCUGAGUGACAUCUAUCUGAAUAAUAUUAUCCCUCGGUUUGUUCAAGUCAGUGAAGAUUCUGGACGACUUUUCAAAAAGAGCAAAGAAGUUGGGCAGCAGCUCCAGGAAGAUUUGAUGAAGGUCUUGAAUGAGCUCUACACGGUAAUGAAGACCUAUCAUAUGUACAAUGCUGACAGCAUCAGUGCUCAGAGCAAGCUGAAAGAGGCAGAGAAGCAGGAAGAAAAGCAGAUUGGCAAGUCUGUGAAGCAAGAGGAUAAGCAAACCCCACGCUCCCCUGAUUCAGCUUCCAGUGUCAAGUUUGAAGAAAAACAUGUCCGACGGAGCUCAGUCAAGAAAAUUGAGAAAAUGAAAGAGAAGCGCCAAGCAAAAUACACAGAAAAUAAACUGAAAGCGAUUAAAGCAAGAAAUGAAUACCUACUGGCCCUGGAAGCAACCAAUGCAUCUGUGUUCAAGUAUUACAUCCAUGACCUGUCUGAUCUCAUUGAUCAGUGCUGUGACUUAGGAUAUCAUGCCAGUCUUGGUAGAGCUCUUAGGACAUUCCUGUCAGCAGAGCUGAACUUAGAGCAGUCAAAACACGAGGGCCUUGACGCGAUAGAGAAUGCUGUGGAGAACUUGGAUGCCAACAGUGACAAGCAACGCCUCAUGGAGAUGUGCAACAAUGUCUUCUGCCCACCCAUGAAGUUUGAGUUUCAGCCUCACAUGGGUGACAUGGUCUCCCAAAUAUGUGCCCAGCAACCUGUGCAAAGUGAAUUGGUUCAGAGAUGUCAGCAGCUGCAGUCUAGGCUAUCAACUCUGAAGAUUGAAAACGAAGAGGUGAAGAAGACGAUGGAAGCCACUCUGCAAACUAUUCAGGAUAUUGUUACGAUUGAGGAUUUUGAUGUUUCUGACUGCUUCCAAUAUAGCAAUUCCAUGGAGUCUGUAAAAUCAACGGUCUCUGAAACUUUCAUGAGCAAGCCAAGCAUCGCCAAGAGACGGGCCAAUCAGCAGGAGACAGAACAGUUCUAUUUCACAAAGUUGAAGGAGUAUCUGGAAGGCAGGAACCUCAUCACCAAGCUUCAGGCGAAACAUGACCUCCUCCAGAAGACUCUGGGAGAAAGUCAAAGGACUGACUGCUCCCUUGCCAGGCGCAGCUCUACCAUAAGGAAGCAGGAUUCCAGCCAAGCAAUUCCCUUGGUGGUUGAGAGCUGCAUACGAUUUAUUAGCAGACAUGGCCUGCAGCAUGAAGGAAUAUUCAGGGUGUCAGGAUCUCAAGUUGAAGUGAAUGAUAUAAAAAAUGCAUUUGAGAGAGGGGAGGAUCCACUGGCUGGAGACCAAAAUGACCAUGAUAUGGACUCAAUAGCUGGAGUUCUAAAGCUUUAUUUUCGUGGGCUGGAACAUCCUCUCUUCCCCAAGGAAAUCUUUCAUGACUUGAUUGCAUGUGUCACAAUGGACAAUCUGCAAGAGAGAGCUCAGCACAUCCGAAAAGUCCUACUGGCUUUGCCUAAAACCACUUUGAUUGUAAUGAGAUACCUCUUUGCAUUCCUCAGUCAUUUAUCUCAGUUCAGUGAGGAGAACAUGAUGGACCCCUACAAUUUAGCCAUCUGCUUUGGACCUACACUGAUGUCAGUGCCUGAAGGCCACGAUCAGGUCUCCUGCCAGGCUCAUGUCAAUGAGCUCAUCAAAACGAUAAUCAUACAACAUGAAAAUGUCUUCCCAGGACCAAGAGAACUGGAGGGCCCUGUGUACACCAGGGGUGGAAGCACUGAGGAUUACUGUGAAAGCCCUCAUGGGGAAACAGCUUCCACAGAAGAUACAGCUCAGGACAUGGUCACCGAACACCAUACGAGUGAUGAUGAAUGUGAACCCAUUGAAGCAAUAGCCAAAUUUGACUAUUCUGGCCGAACAGCACGUGAACUGUCUUUUAAAAAGGGGGCUUCCCUCCUGCUUUAUCACCGAGCCUCUGAUGACUGGUGGGAGGGCCGGCACAAUGGAAUUGAUGGUCUGAUCCCGCAUCAGUACAUCGUUGUUCAGGACACCGAGGAUGGAGUAUUGGAAAGGUCAAGCCCAAAAUCUGAAGUGGAAGUCAAUUCUGAGCCACCUGAAGAAAAAGUGACAGCAAGAGCUGGUUCCAGCUGCCCAAGUGGUAGCCAUGUUGCAGAUAUUUAUCUUGCAAAUAUCAAUAAACAAAGAAAAAGGCCUGAGUCUGGCAGCAUACGAAGGACUUAUCGUCAGAGUGACAGCCAUGGACUGCCCAGUUCGCUAGGAGAGCCAGUGCCACCAGGAGCUGUAGCCAGUUCUCGUCCCUCGUCACAACCCAUUAUGAGCCAAAGUCUCCCAAAGGAGGUACCAGAUGCAUGCUCCAUCAGUGGCCAUGGGAGCCUCAAUUCCCUCAGCCGGCAUGCCUCUCUGAAGAACAGAAUAGAUAGCCCCCAUAUCCGGAAAAAUGUGACUGCGGGAAGGUCAAAGAGCUUUAAUAACCAUCGGCCCAUGGAUCCCGAAGUCAUUGCACAGGAUAUUGAAGCUACUAUGAACUCUGCUUUGAAUGAGCUGCGAGAGCUGGAACGGCAAAGCAAUGUCAAACACACCCCAGACGUUGUCCUGGACACCCUGGAGCCUCUGAAAACCUCCCCGGUCAUCGCACCCACCUCCGAACCCUCCAGCCCUUUGCAUACUCAGAUCCUCAAGGACUCUGAACCAGCUUUCCAGCGGAGUGCGAGCACAGCAAGUGACAUUCCCUGUGCCUUCAGGCUAGCAAAAUCUGUCAAAAUGGCUGCCCAGGUCAAGCCCCCGGCGACCAGACCCAAGCCUGCCGUUUUCCCCAAAACAAACACCACAAGCGCUGCAGUUGCCUCAGCAUCUCAACAGUCUACUGACAAGUCCUGUACUGUCUGAACUUGAAAGCCUACUGUGAAUAUAGUGUUUUUUGUUUCAGAUGAGGGGACCCCCUUAAGGAGACAUUACAAUGUCUAUUUAAUUAGCAUUGAACUUCUGCUGAAGAUUAGUUUGUCAGUUACUUUUGCCAGGGAUGUGCCCCCAGCUCAUGAAGCCUCGCCUUUGCACCUCCAUCAGUGAUACUAGGGCACCACAACUUGGUUCAGCUAGAUAUAUGUUAGCAGGUCUUAGAUCACUGUGAAAUCAGUGAGGGGAAGGUGAAAUUAUUUAAUGUGUUCCUGGUAACAAGUCAAUGCCUUGUUCAAGUGUCUGGUGUCUAAAAGAAACCUUUGGAGUCUUCAUGCUUUGGAGGUUGCUGGAAAGGGACUUCUGUGCUUCAACCACUAUGGGGGAAAUAGCACAAUAUUGCUUAUCCGUGCUUUUGAGCCUGCUGCUUUAGGUGGGCAUGCCUAGGGCUCAUUUCUGUGCAUUAUUACAGUGCCCUACGGUGCCACUAAGUCUGCUAAGUGUUCAUUACAGCCUAUCUCUUUUCAGGGGUGUGCCUGUUCUAAAACAUAUGUUGUCGUUGUUUUCUAAUUUAGGGUUCAAAACCCAUAAUGCAUUGUGCCACAUGAAUCUAGUCCUGCUUUAAUGGAGACAUAUUACAUGAAUCUGUGCAUGUAUUCAUUUGAAGUUAAACCAAUCGUAUGGGGAAAAUAAGGAAAAUGACAGAUUGCAUGGUAAAGCAGGCCCUACUUGUAUCCUUGCUUGAUGCUUCCACAACAAAGCCCAACCAUAAUGCUUUGAAUUUUAAUACCAUUUCCCUAAAAGAGUUUCAUGCAGACUUUUGAGACAAAACAAAAACUUGAGUUACAUUUUGAAAAUCAGAUACUUUCUCAUUCACCCCCUUUCUGAAAUGACAUAUGUGCAUUUAUGUACAUCUACAACUGGUAGGCAACCUGCUGUCCUCCAGAUGUUUUGAACAACAAACUCCCAUUAGCCUUGACCUUUGGUGAUCAGUCCAGAACUUGGGGAUUUGUAAUCCACAACAGGAGAAAGUGGCUGGAUUGCCUAGCCAUGAUUCACAGUGUUCUUUGUAAAAUGAGAUGGGUUCAGGCCAGUCCCUCAAGUUCUGACCAAUCAUAAAUCCUACAUUUGAUAAUCUGAUUUAGCAGAUUGACCCUGUCUGUCUGUCUGUCUGUCUCUCCUCAAUCUCUGUCUUCUUCACUUCAUUUUUCCCUUUGUGGUUCAGCCUACUGUGAGUUUAUGGUGUGGUGGAAUAAGGCAAAUAGAAAGCUGUGCUAGGACAUGGACAUGGAUAUAGUCCAACAUGCAGCAUAUUUCUUUGAUUUCAUGACUUCAAUUAAUUUACAGACAGUCAAAUUAAUCGUCUCAGAAUCUGGUAUUUAACAUGAUGGAUCACGGUCGCGUCAAGUCCCAACAAACUAUACACUCUUGCGUACAUUUGGAGGGGAAUUUAUUUUUCAAAAUGGUAGGCAUCUUUAAAAGAAGAUGAAAAUGCCCACUUGAAAAGUAACAGGGAACUUCUCUGCUGCCUUUUUAGCCACCAGCCAAAAGAACACUGAAUUAGAAUCCAUUCUGGCUCAAUCACGCUCCUUUGAUUGUCAUCUGGGGACAAAAUAAGGAACUGAAACUUAUUUUAAUUUCACGCUCUAGAUCUGAGCUGCCGUAUGUUUUUCUUGUGGUUUAAUGAAUGGAAUAGUUAGUGAUAUUUUAGUAGAAGCCAAGUAUUUACUCUUAUGUGAAUGAAACUGAUGGUAAUAAUUUCAGGUUAACCUAAGAUGGUUACAUUGACAGACACAUUAAUCUCUGUACUAUCUUUUUCUUUAGUUUGUCUUUCUAAAUUAUGCUUAUGACUUGACAAUCUUACAAACAAUGAUGGAAAGGCAAACUUGAGAAAGAUUUAGGUGGGGACAGUUUCAGUCUGUAACUUUUUCCAUAACCUUUGACUGUUUAGAUACACUGACCUCUUGUUUGUAUGUGUGUGGAAGCGCAUGUGUUACCUCUACAUCUUGGGCAUUUACUGAAUGUCCUGGGCACUGCAACCUGGUCAUUAAUUCUCAGGAUGAGGCAGACUUAUGAUUAAAGAACUUUUAUGCUUUUGUUGUUUAGGAUUUGGAGUUUUACUCAGGCAAAACUACUUGAUUCUUUUUUUUAAAAAAACUUCUAAGAAUGUUUUAGGGUUAUCACCUCCUAAAGCAGGUCAAGCUCUUUCACCUGUACCAGCCUGACGGUACAUUUCCUGCAGGCAAAUUCCAGAUACCAUCUGAAGUCAUUUCAGUGUAAUUAAAGGCACAUGGAGCAGAAAGGCAUUAGCAGACAUGAUGUUACGUCAUUACAUGAGUCGGAAAGCAGGGAUGGACCUAGGUAUUCUUUAUAUAACAUGUGUUCAACAUGCCUUAUGUUAUAACAGUGAAAAGCAGCAUAGCCGCUCAAACGCACUUUGAUACAAAAAAAAGUUAUUUCAUGUGUUCACUAUGUUUUGGCAAGUGAGUGAAAACUGGCUUUUUAAAAACACGUCGAUUUUUUAUGGCUAGUCUUUAUAUAUUGAACUUUGAGAGGGUUUGUUUUGUUUUUGUUUUUCCUGACCAGCACUGGGGAAAACCUACUGACAAAGAAAGUAAAAACACCAGAGUAUGGUAUAUACAACAUAUCAGUGCUACCCAACUGGAAUUUAUGUUUGCAACCUGAUUUACAUUGAAAUGUACAUAGGAAAACAUCAUUUCACACACAAGUUCUAAGUAAUGUAUUUGAAAAAUAAAUCAACUAAAUAAUGUAGGCUAGGUGACCGAAUCGAUGCCUUUUGCAGGCCCUUGCACUACUGUAUUUUCUGCAUAUUUCUUCUGAAGAAAUUACUGGAGAGAGAGAUUUUAGGAUGUAUCUACAUUGCAAACCUAUAUUGAUUUUAUAUCAGGUUCCACGGCUUGCCCUCAAGGAUUGUGAUCAUUCUGCUUUAUUGAGACAAGAAAAAUAUUUUAGAAAUCACAUCCCUCCAUUCUCCUUAACCACACAACCAUAAACACCCAGGUUCACUUGGAAGAAGGAAUGACUUCUUUAAAAUUAUGAGGAGUGCCAUCCUACCUCUUCCCCAACAUAUAUAGCAGCUUGUAUGUGCUAUGUCUGAAUGCUGGCAGCAGCCUCCACUGUCAAAAAAAAGAGCACGGCUUAGACCAGUGGUUCUCAACCUAACAGCUGGUAAACUAGCUGUGAUUUCUGGGAGUUGUAGCCCAAAACAUCUGGGGACCCACAGAUUGUGAACCACUGGCUUAGAAGGAAAUUUACUGCAGUAAUGGAGGACUGUAUUCAUGUACAAACAGAAAGAUGCUCCAGAGGGUAGGCUCUUCUGGGACUGGAUAGGAGUCAGCUUUAAACUACUGGAUCCCCUACUGAGUGCAACUCAAAGAAAUCCACUCUUUUAUAGUGUUAGAUCCCUCUGGGACCCUCACAGGCCACAAAAGCAGCCCUGCUUAACUGGUUUAUAGCUUUGCUACUCCUCCUUCCCCAAAGGUUGUUUAUAGUGUUGGAGGCUACAUUCAUUUUUAAAUAAGAGAAGAACCCUAUCUAAAAAUACAUAUUUAUUCAAACCAAGUAAAUACAAAGUCAAAUUUCGAUAACUGGAACCAUGCAUUUCUGGUAGCAAUAUGGUUACAUAACAACUAUGUGGGAAUAAUCUAUGCAGAAUUUUAUGAGGGAAGUAAAGGCAUUUUAGCUGAAUCCUCCUGUUCUGGGAGAAAGGCAAGGUAUAAAUCAAAUAAAUGUCACUUUUUUGAGUUUCUAUACCUGUAACAUACCUGUAACCUGUAACAUGCAAGAUAUUUCUUGCAAAUAGCAGUUUUAGGUAUAGGUAAACAUCUCUUCUUGUCUCUUUUUUUAAAAAAAACAAUAGCUAGUAAUAUGAAAGUGUUAAAAACAUUUAAGCUUAGUUCACAUUAUAGUUUGUUGAAUGUCGAUCGACAAUAAAACCAUGUUUCCUUCAUAUCUCUACAGUUAGUAAUAUUCAGUGACACUGUAACCGUGAAGGCAUUUGUUCUCUAAAUACUCUUGGGAGACAUUUACGUGGCACAGAGAAAUACCUCAUUUUCUUACUACUACACAGUUGUCCAUUUGAACAAACAUUUGUUCAGGCAGGACGCUUCCCUACUGAUAGGGAUGUCAUUGCACAGCAGCAGGAUAGAGGGGCUCUUCCAGUUUUGGCUUCUUCAACGCAGGCUGUGGCUUUCAUAUUCCGCUUUUAAGGAGUUUUUACAAGGCUAGGAUUCCUAUCUGGCUGAAGGCCUGGCUAUUCCUGUGGCUGCCCAUAUGCUUCAGUCUUGCAGUGAUGUGUAGCUCUGUUACAUUACAUAAUAAUAUAUCUGUAAUGCUACUAUUUUUCUAUUAUAAAGGCACUGUUGUUUGAGACGGGACAAAAUCUAAUUCUGUGCUAGGUGUAACAACAAAACUGGCUUCCCCUCCAAUCUCUGCCUCUCAGUGCUGUUCUGCUCACUACCAAAAACAUUUUGGAGAUGUUUCCAGUCUUACAGAGGGAUGCAAUGGUAAUUACCCACAGACCUGCCUCCAGAGGAUUUUUUUUUCUUUCUUCCAACAGAAAUCGAUUGUUGAAUCCUGUUCCCAAACACUAACACAUUAACUACUUUCCUAGGACUGGUUGACAAAUUCUGUAUAUAUUCUCAUGUAUAAGUUGAGGGAAGGUUUUAGGGUCAACAUUAUAGGUUUCGAUAUAUCCUGUGGAUAAGUCAGGGUCAUUCCACUGAGAGGGGAAAGCACCAAUACCACCUUGGGACAACCGCCCCUGGCUGCCAUCACCAUUUUCCCACCCAUGCAUUCAAUAAGGCCAGGAGCAGCACCAUAGCAAAGAGCAGAAGAGGCUGAUGCUUCAUUUAGGUUCUCCCAGGAUAGACUAAACUUUUGCCUUUUGACACUCAGAGAAGGAGAUUGUUCCUUUUUUAUACAACAGUUAAGGUACAGUUCUCACAUUGAUCCAUAGAUAAAUCAACCCAGGGUUUUUGGAUUCAUUUUUGAGUAAAAUUUCUAGAUUUAUACAUGAGUACUGUCACAGGCCAAUCUUGAGUGAUGGGUAAAGAACCAAGCCCUUCUCUGAGUAUCACCAUUCUUUUCUCCACCCUUGAACAGAAAGUCUUACUCUCCCUUUUGAAUAUAUGAUGGAGAUGGUGCUCCCUCUUUUCCCAUCAAAUGCCUCCAUUCACCCCUCUCUUCAUCUCUACUUUCUGAGCUGUUUCAGGAAUCAAAAGAAGGAUAUGACAACUAGGGUCUUGCAAAUAACUUCAGCAGGUUCAACUGGCCUUCCAAGCUGCCAUUUCCUACCUCCUGGUUCUGGGUUUUGGUCCAUAUUUACGUUCAUGGAAAUGUUUUUGGAAAUGCAAUAUGGUUAAUAAAGACUGCAAGAUAUUAGUAAAUGUAACUACAAAUUAAUAACUAACAUGUGCCUAGGAUAUGAAUUGCAGAGAGAAGGACUGAAAACUCAGUUGCCAUUCAGUUAUGUCUGUCUUUUCUAUAGGAAGUCAAAUAUUAGACCUGUUAAUCCAGGAAUUCUCUCUGUGAGUGUCCUUAGGCUGCAAUUUUAUCAACAGGGAACCAUUUUUAAAAACAAAAGUUUAGACAUGAAUGUGUUGAACACUAGAUAAGUCCUAAAAUGCUUUCUUGUUGUGUGCCUUCAAGUAGCCUGCAACUUAUGGUGGACCUACAUGGGAUUUUACUGGCAAGAUUUGUUCAGAGGGGAUUUUACCUUUGCCUUCCUCUGAGGCUGAGAGUGUGACUUACCUGAGGUUACCUGGUGGAUAUCCAUGGCUGACUGAGCAGGGAUUCAAACCUGGUCCCCAGAGUCACAGUCCAAUGCACAAACCACUACACCAUCCGCAGGGAGAGUUCUACCUUGAUCAUAGCUUUACGUGAACUCCCUGGAAUGUAUUCCAUCUCAGACAAUUAUAAAGAUGCUUGGAUAGCACAAAGCUGGGGGAAACUCCAUCUUGCUUCUCUGCUGCGUUGCACACAAAGGAACAAUUAUGCAUGUGCAGUAGCUGCUUUUCAAAGGUUUUAACAACUCUACCUAUUCACAUGCUUUGAAUGCAAAAGAAACAAAAAUGUAAUAGAUAUUUCCAUCUUACUUGAUCUUUUGAGCAUGGGGUGGAAAAAUAUUUAAGGGUGAGCCGUUUUUCUUUACAACUCUACAAUUUCCACCACAAGUAGUUGUUUUGUUUUUUUGACUGCAAGACCUUUCAAAAGAGAUGUGCUUUAGGUGUGUGUUUUGUCCCAUACAAGUGAAAAGUUCCAUGUAGUGGAAAUUAAGCCUUCAAUUAUAGUAGCACUAUACUCUUAAGAGAACUUUUUAUGUGUACUUAUUUUCUUUUCUGGAAGUAGAAGGCUGUACUUUCAGCAGAUCUUCAUGGGUUAGACUAUGUGGGUGCCAAACUGUUAGAGCAAUAUACUUAAAUACAAACAGUUACAAAACAGGCAGACCAAAAUCAAUGUAGCCAAAAUACAGCAAAUGGUAAAGCAUAUAUAUUUGAAAAGGCAUGGCAGCAAUGUCUUUUAUUCUACUGUAUGUAACACAGUUCAGUUGCACAGUCUAUCAGUCUUCAGUUUUUGUAUUUAAAGAUCUCAUCCUGCAGAGUCGGGUUUGGAUCGUUGUUGUUUCUCUUAAUUAACAGCAGCUGUUUUAAUGGGUUUGGAAUGAAAUGUCCUUGUUUUAAAAGCAAUUUUCAUUACUUCUUAUAUUCUACACCAAUCUAUAUAUAUGGUGUAUAUUUUUUUCUUUACAAAGCAAGCAAACAAACAAAAAAACUGUAAAAUUGUACUUUGUGUAUACUAUUAUGUACAAUAUUGGAGGUACAUCUCUUCUUUCUUUUUUGGUACAGUAUUGUACAGUAUUAGAGGAGUAAAUGUGUUGAAAUUGUUAAAUCGGUGAGGAGGGGAAGCAAAUAUAUCUGUUGUCACUAGCAAUAGUUCUCUUUUUGGAAAAAUAAAUGUUUGGGUAUGGUGGAAGUGCUGGCCUAUGGACAAAAGUGUGUGUUGUCACAUCUGUGCAGGAAAAAAAGAAGAAUAAAAGCUUUUAAGAUCAGAA